CAGACCUUUGGAUUAGGAGGAAGGGUGUGCUGGAGAGCAAAGGAGUAUUGGAGUCACAGAAGACAGAGCGGGACCGAUUGAGGGAGGUAUACUAUGGCGGUGUCUCAGAGUAGAGUUAGUACUUGGAGCAGUAAGCAGGUGUCUGGCUGGCUGAAGCAGGAGGGGUUUGGGCAGUAUGUGGUGCUGCUGUGUUCUAAACACCGUGUGGAUGGCCCCAGCCUGCUGACUCUAGGGGAGGCUGACCUGCGUGAACCCCCUCUGGGCCUCACUGUGCUGGGGGACAUCAAGAGGCUGGCCCUGGCCCUGCGGAGGCUCCAAAGACAGAACCAGGAGCAACUGGAGGAGCUGGGGAUAGGGUUAGGGGGAUUAGGGGCUGCUGCUGGGGGAGACAGGGCCUGUCACGGGGAUGACUGGGGGUGUAACGGGGCAGGGCGCCGUCAGGUGGACUGUGGGGUCUCAGGGUCAUGGUCAGGGUCGCGACCCCGGUCAGGGACGGAGUUCGAAGAAGACCAGUGCCACAUUCACUCCACUGGGGACAGGAAGUGCCUUCUAGGGCGUCUGGACCCGGAGCUGUGGAAGACAGUAGUCAGCUCUGUUUACGUCAUGCUCGUCUUCGGAUUCACCUCCUUCGUCAUGGUGAUCGUCCACGACCGCGUUCCCGAUAUGACAACUUACCCGCCACUGCCCGACAUCUUCCUGGAUAGUGUACCCAGAAUCCCUUGGGCUUUUGCGAUGGCGGAGGCUUGUGGUCUAAUCCUAGUUUACAUCUUCCUGUUGGUGCUACUACUACACAAACACAGCAUAUUGCGGCGUCUGUGUUCUCUGAUUGGAACAGUGUUCCUGCUGCGUUGCGUCACCAUGUUUGUUACCUCCCUCUCUGUACCUGGACAACACCUACAGUGCUCCAGUAAGGUGGGGACCACAUACUACACACCAGACUACCUGGUGAUGGUGGAUUAA